AUGGUGAGGAAAGAGAGAGUGAAGAGUGAGAAGCGACAGAGGAGGAAGAGAGAGAAAAUCAUGCUCUGGAAGCGACGGGAAGCGAGUGGCGACCGCACGACUGAGAGAGGAAGCCAUGGUUGCCCAUUUGCUACAAGGGCUGCUUUUGGUGAUGCGGUCCGCAGAGCUGAGCGAUACCGUCUCACUGAACGGCAUAAAUUUGAGAAUGAAACCGCCCUCAAAUGGAGCUUUUUCUUGAACCGUUUUGGGUUUGGCGUGAGAUUCUUGCCAAAAAGACAUGGGUCCCAUCACCCUUGCCUAAAACUUGUUGUGAACAUGAUGGUCAAUAGUGAGAAAGAUUGGACACCUUACAUGGACAUGGAAUUUGAUACACUUGAUGAGGCUUGGGAGCAUUGGUGCCAUUAUGGAAAACAAGUUGGAUUCUCGACAAGAAAGAGUUUUUUAAAUAGAAGCAAGUUAGAUGAAAAAGUUACAACAAGGGGAUUCGUAUGUUCUAAACAUGGUGUCCGUUUAGAAGAUAAACGCAGGGUUCAUAGCAGCCAUAGAGAUGAGACAAGAACAAAUUGUCAUGCAAGGCUACUUGUUCGAUUGAAACGAGAAAGUGUACGUAGUGCUGGAAUAAAGCCUAAGGACGCACAUGAGUUGAUGAGUAGAGAGGCUGGUGGCAGGGAUAGCCUUGGAUACAUUGCAAGUGAUCAUAAAACUUAUCUCAGAACAAGAAGAGAGAAAGCUAUGAAGUAUGGGGAAGCUGGUUGCAUUUUAAUGUACUUUCAAAAUGAACAAAUUAAAAAUCCUUCAUUUCAUUAUGUGGCUUAA